AAAAUAUCAAAAACAUUUUUUCUCAUUCUCAAUUUUUCCCAAAUCAAAAACCCUCUUUCUAUCAAUUUCCAAAAAAAGAUUCUCAAGAAUAUGGAUAAAGUGAUAAACUACAAGAUCGGUAAACUCAAGAACGCAAGAAUCCCUCUCCAACACCGAUCAACCUUCGACCACAACCUCCCUCCGUCGCCGGCCACCGCCGCAACCUUGCCGGACUUCCUCUCUCCACCGCGAAUCCUCUGUUUCUCUAUUCGAUUCACGCCGUGACUCUGCGUUUGCACUGCGACCUCACCUUCAGGUUGCAGUUCCGGCCGCGGUCUCUACUCCUCCGAUCCUCUUCAUUUUCCCGGAAGUAGAUUGUGGAUAUUUAUAGGAAAAAAAAUGAGAACUGAAGUCUUCCAAACUCCUAACAUCUAUCGCCAUCUUCUCAAGGCGGUCAAGAAACAUAUUGGGAAAGAAGAGAAUAAGAGACAUUUUCUAGAAUAUGUAACCUCUGAAUUCCACAAGAACCGAAAUCUGACUGAUGGUGUGGCUGUCCAACAUAAAAUCAAGCUUGCUCGUGAUUACACUUACCUUCUUAACAACGUGCACUAUCACAAGGAGUUGCUUUUCUCAUAUAACAUUGCAGUUGAUAGAUCAGACGAGGUUAAAAGGACACUUGGAAAAUCUGCUGCUAGUGUCGGCCUUCAGCUUCCUGAGGUUUAUCGAUCAUAAUGGUUUGGUAGCUAUUUAUCAAGAUAGAGAACAUGAAAUAAAAAGAUGAGUAAGCAUUAAGGAGGAUGAAAAAAUUGUAUUGUUUAUGCAUUAGUUCAUGUUUUUUCCAAUACCAAGAACUAUUGUCAUUGUGCAUUAGACUUUUGUUUCAGGUUAAUGUAUUUCCAUGUCUUUUCACAAUGUGUUUACAUAAGGGCACAAUGUGUUUAUUCAAGAAUAAUUUGAGAUUCUUUUACAAAUGUUUGCAAUGGAAGUUCAGUUCUUAGCUCUUC